AUGUGUGGGCUCUCUGCGUUUCUGAAUCUCCAAGGUAGGAUUGAAUCCACGCCGGGCCUCGACGAGAUACCCCCAACAAAGGGUCAUGUUGAGCUUGAGCAAAGCUUGGAUAUUAUCCAGCAUCGCGGGCCUGAUGGUCGUGGUUUAUGGUUGAGUCCUGACCGCAGAGUUGGCCUUGGUCAUGUUCGUCUGUCAAUCGUUGAUCUCAGCCCCGGUGGUGAUCAGCCAUUUGUCGACGAGGAAGACGGGAUAUAUGUCGUCGUGAAUGGAGAACUCUACGGACACGAGCAAUACCGCAGGGAGCUGGCAAACGAGUACAAUUUUAAAGGUACAAGUGACUGCGAAAUUGUCAUUGCCUUGUACAAGCAUUAUGGACUAUCUUUCCUGUCUCAUUUGAGAGGCGAGUUUGCGCUGGUCUUGUGGGAUGCUAAGCGCGAACGACUCUUCGCCGCACGAGACAGGUAUGGCAUUAAAUCGCUGUAUUAUACGAUUCAUGAGAAUCAGCUCUUGGUGGCAACGGAGAUGAAGUGUUUCCUCAAGUUUGGGUGGAAGCCCCAGUGGUGUGUCGAGACACUUCGAGGGCACGCGUGGCAGUUUGGCCACAAGACCUUCUUCCGAGGGGUAUACAAGGUCGCUCCGGCGCAUUAUUUGAUUUGCGAGAAAUAUAGCAGUGAGAUACAGCAGAUGAUGUAUUGGGACACGGACUAUCCGGACAAGCGGGUUCUGGAGACCCGUCCCGAAGCCGAGAUGAUAGAAGGCGUUAGAGAACGUCUUAUCGAGGCCGUCAGGAUCCGACUUCGUGCAGACGUGCCCGUUGGAGUGUAUCUGAGCGGGGGCUUGGAUUCCUCGUGCGUCGCUGGGAUUAUUGCCCAUCUCAUGAAACACGAAAGGGCCAAGCUUGGAAGUGACGAUAGUGGCGACGUGUCGCUCUUACGAUGUUUCACCAUCCAGUUUGACAAGGAUAGUGGUGCGGAUGAGUCUGAUAUUGCAGAGCGCACGGCUGAGUGGCUUGGGGCGGAAUUUCACCCGACGCCCUCGUGGGACGUUAAUGGGAUCACCAAGGUAGCCAUGUCCGAGAAAGUUCAUUCUUUGGGAUUGAAAGUCGUCCUUGUCGGUCAAGGAGCGGACGAGCACUUUGGGGGCUACAAUAACUUUCGACCUGACGCUGUACAGGAGCCUGACCUAUCCUGGCCGGCAUCAUAUCUUCCGGACGAGGAAAGAGAAAAGCUCUGGCAUGAUGUACAAGGAAGCUCCGGCGCAGUGGUUUCUGGUAGUACCGAGACUACAUCCCCGUCUUCCACCGUGCGUAUGGUAAAUCAUACGCAAACCAUCAGGCAGUUGGCAAAAAUUGGACAAUUGCCAUUUCUUCCUUGGGUAGACCAUUACGCCUCUGCUGGAGAUCCUGAAACCCUCUUGGCCGAGUCCAUGGAUCCCCGAGCGCGCGAGAAGAUGCAAACCAAAUGGCAUCCUCUCCAUACGUCGCAGUACAUUUGGAUGAAAUCAUAUAUGCCAACCAUCAGUCUCCGCUAUGUGGGUGACAACGUGGAUAUGGCCUACGGUGUUGAAGGUCGCCUGCCGUUCCUCGACCACCACCUGAAUGAAUAUGCAAACCAGCUCCCGCCCAGUCUGAAGAUGAAGUAUGAUCCAGCGACUCGUUCCUUCAACGAGAAAUACAUCCUGCGCGAAGCAAUGCGUCCAUUUAUUACAGACGAGCUCUAUACUCGUCGCAAAAAGCCAUUUUCCGGACCCACGCAAUUCAAGGAGAACGGACCGAUUCACCGUACUUUCUUACGGUUGUUGACUAAGGAGGAUAUUGAGGGGCUUGGGUUCUUGGAUUGGGGUACGAUUCAAAGCUACCUCCAGAGAGCUUUUGGUGGAGAGGAUCGGGUUGCGUUUAGGAAGGCAGUGUUGAUUGCGCAGUUGUUGUCCUCAUGCAGCAGUUUGGGGUCGAGACGGCAAAGCCACCCAACGAUGUGGUUUCCCUUUAAAUCCCCUUACAAGGCAGACAGAUACAGGGUACUUUGA